AUGGAGCACCAUCUGCCGCUUCACCACCAUGCCGCCGCGCACCACCAUCACGGGACGCCGCUGCACUGGGGCUACUCCACACCCGGUGCUACCUCGACGCCGACGCACGCCGCCGCAGGCGCCGUCGGCAACAACAACAACACGUGGACACCGCCGUCGUCGAAGGGCCUCAAGCGGACACUUUCGGAGAGCGACUGCGAGGAUCUCUACUCGGAGGAGGAGUCGUCCAAGGAGCACACGUCGCCGGGCGAAUCGGAUAGCUGUCAACUGUUGAGCCGCAAGCGGCGCCGGGGUGUGAUCGAGAAGAAGCGCCGGGACCGGAUCAACUCGUCGUUGACCGAACUGAAGCGGCUGGUGCCGAGCGCGUACGAGAAGCAGGGCUCCGCCAAGCUCGAGAAAGCCGAAAUCCUGCAACUGACCGUCGACCACCUGAAGGCCCUUCACGCACGAGGAAUCGACGAUGCCAGCUAUGACCCGCAACGGUUCGCCAUGGACUACCACAUUAUCGGCUUUCGGGAGUGCGUGGCGGAAGUGGCCCGCUACCUGGUGACCAUCGAGGGAAUGGACGUGCAGGAUCCGCUGCGGUUGCGCCUGAUGUCUCACCUGCAGUGUUUCGCGACGCAGCGGGAGCUGUCGACGAAAGCGAAUGCCGCCGCCACCAGUCCCGCUUGGUCACACGGCAGUGCCACGGCUUAUCCGGUGGCCGCUGCGGCCGCGGCGGCUGCCGUAGCAUACCCGGCCACGCACCACGGGACCAGCGGAUACUACCAUCCGCACCAUCAAAAUUACAGCCCGCACCAAAGUGCCACCGCUCCGUACAUUCCGCAAGUGGCCACCAUUCCUCCACCGCACGACCAUCUGCAGCAGCAGCAACACCACCAGCAGCAGCAACACCAGCAGCAGCAACACCAGCAACAGCUGGCUUCCUCGGCGGCAACGGCAGCCAUAUACGCCACCAGUGCGCCACUGCACGAGUUGUACAGCAGUCAACACGAUUCCGAGGCCGCUGUUCAACAGCAGCAGCAACAAUCGGAUCAACCGUCAGCGGGCUCCUCGAACGGCGGCGCACCGACGUACACGGAACUGUCGAACCACAACCCGAACCGCGGUCUGUCGGCAUACGGCAACCCGCAGUACCCGGUGAGCACUUCGACCCACGGGUACAACGCGGCAGCGAAACCUUAUCGCCCAUGGGGCGCCGAGAUGGCCUGUUGA